GGCAUAAUGGGACGUGUGAGUGAUGUUCAGAAAAAUUUCUUCACUCCUCGAGAUUAUCAGGUUGAGUUAUUGGACAAAGCAUGCAAAAGUAAUAUUAUUGUACCACUUGGAACUGGUUGCGGCAAAACUUUCAUCGCUGUUUUAUUAAUCAAGGAGUAUACGGCUAAACUUGUAGUACCUUGGAAUAAUGGUGGUAAAAGGGCUUUCUUUUUAGUUGAUAAAGUUUCUCUAGUAGAACAGCAGGCAGCACACAUCAAAUAUCAUACUGCAUUCAAUGUGGGCAGAUUGCACGGACAAAUGAAUCAAGAUAUCUGCUCAGAUUUGUCGAAAUUUAAUACAUUUAUUGCUCUUAAUGAGGUCGUAGUACUAACGGCUCAAAUAUUUUUGGAUUUACUCAAUCAUGGUUUUUUGACUUUGUCACGUGCUGCGCUUAUUAUAUUUGAUGAAUGCCAUCAUGCCUUAGGUAGCCGACAUCCAUUCCGAUUAAUUAUGAGGUUUUAUGAACGAGUAGAUCGAGAAAGUCAGCCUCGAGUUCUUGGCCUCACUGCAUCUCUUAUCAAUAGUAAGAUUCCACCGAAUAGUUUGGAGAAAUUGUUGGAAAAAUUGGAAAAGAUAAUGUACAGCUCCAUUGAAACAGCGAGUGAUCUAGUAUCGAUUUCAAAAUAUGGUGCUAAGCCCAAAGAAUACGUUAUAUUGUGUCAUGAUUUUUUCUGUUGUUCAUCUAAAACCAACAAAAAAGUUGUCCAUGCUUUAGAAACGUUACGAGAUUUCUGUGUGAGAUGCACUCAUUUUCAUCCUGAUUUCGAUGUAGAUCCGCGGAAACCAGUACUUCAAGCAGUCAGUAGAACCAGAUCAGUUCUAGAACAGCUGGGACCAUGGUGUGCGUGGAAAGUUUGUCAGUUAUUCCAAAGACAAUUAAAAAAACUUUCAAACCAACGUUUUUUAUCUGCGGAGCAAGUACUUUUCUUGCAAAUGGGUUGCACCACAAUGAAUUUUAUCAGGCAUUUAUUGAACAGCGAAGUUACUCGAGUUCGAUCCUUUGACGAUAUGAAACCUUUGAUACCGAAUCGUUUGACUAGAAUGUUAGAAAUUUUGAAAUGCUUGAAUCCAUCGAAAACUGAAGGAGAGGUGGAUCGUAAUUUCUGUGGCUUAAUUUUCGUGGAGCAGCGUUACGUGGCUUAUGUAUUGAAUACUCUUAUAAGAGCGCUUUCAAGAUGGGACAAUGAAAGUUUCGGUUAUUUGGUUCCAGACUUUAUUAUUGGUUAUAAUAGCUGCAAUAUUGGUGAAGAGGAAAAGAUGGCACUACAUAGAAGACAGGAAAUGGUUUUACGCAAAUUUCGGCAAAGUAAUCUUAAUUUGCUUAUUGCAACCAGUGUUCUAGAAGAAGGUAUUGAUGUCAGGCAUUGUAAUGUGGUUAUCCGUUUUGAUCGGCCCAAGGAUUAUCGGGCUUAUGUACAGUCAAAAGGAAGAGCAAGGAAGGAGGGAGCGAAAUAUUUUCUACUGGUGGAGAAAAGUGAUCGUGAGCUUUGCUGUCGUGAUUUGAAAGAUUUUUUGGAGAUCGAAAAAAUGUUGCUAAAACGGUAUCGUACUGUGCACAAUCCACCGGAUAUAAUAUUCGAUUUGACGGAAGAUGUUAUUGCUCCCUAUGUUGUUGAGUCUACUGGAGCACAAGUUACUCUUUAUUCAGCUAUAAGCUUGGUUAACAGGUAUUGUGCGAAGCUUCCUAGCGACGUGUUUACUCGUUUAGUACCUCGGAAUACGAUCAUACCAGAAAUUGUAAAUGGUCACCUUAUGUAUAGCGCAGAAUUGGUUCUUCCUAUCAAUUCACCAGUCAAAGAAACCAUUAAAUUAAAAAAACCAAUGAAAAGUAAAAAACUUGCUCAAAUGGCUGUGGCUCUGGAAGCUUGCAAAAUAUUACAUAAACGGAAAGAGCUAAAUGAUAAUUUGCUUCCAUUUGGUAAAGAUACUGUCACACUAACAGCUCUCGAUGACGACCCUGACGAGUUUAUUCCAAAUAUGAAUUAUAAAGUUGGGUCAGCUCGACGAAGGCAGUUGUAUGACAAGAAGAUGGCAAAAGCACUUCAUAAUACGAUUCCACGUGUUGGUGAAUAUUGUUAUAUAUAUGUGAUGGAAAUGGAUCUCAUUAAAGCGGUAACUGGUCCGGCUAAUCCAAAGAAUCGUCGCAUUAUUAACCCAGUAGAUACGGAUUUUUGCUUUGGUUUUCUCUCAAGUAAAAAGAUUCCUAAAGUGCCAUCAUUUCCAGUGUUUUUACGUCAGGGUCGUAUGCAUGCGAAUGUUUUUGCUUUGAAAACACGUCUUUUCAUGGAUGACGCAUUAUUGGACUUGUUAAAAAUAUUUCAUAAUUAUGUGUUUGAAACUAUUCUUCGGCUAGUGAAAGGAGGACUAGUUUUUACACCUGACAAAGCACCUGUUAAUCUUUUGAUUAUUCCACUUCGACGCGAAAGAAACAUAAAUGGUGAAGUGGAUUUUAAGUUCGAUUACGAUUAUGUACGAAAUAUUGUCUCGUCAAUCCAUAAAUUGCCGCGUAUUCCAAAUGAAACUGAGCGAAAAAAUUUCAAAUUUGACGCAUCAAAGUUUCAAGAUGCUGUUGUAAUGCCGUGGUAUCGAGAUAACGAACAUCCAUCCUUUUAUUAUGUUGCAGAAAUAAUGGAUGCCAAACCGUCCUCUCAAUUUCCGGACGAAAAAUUUGCAACAUUUAAUGAUUACUUUAUACAGAAGUAUAACAUUACAAUAUAUGAUCAGGAGCAGUCGCUUUUAGAUGUUGAUUAUACGUCAAGUCGCUUAAAUCUUUUGUUGCCUCGACACUGGCAACACUCCAAAAGUCGAGCUGCGGAAGAAAAAAGUCUUGAAGUUGGUGGAAUUUCUCAAGGACAAAUCUUAGUGCCAGAACUUGUUGAUAUACAUCCCAUUGCAGCAUCUCUCUGGAAUGUUAUUGCGGCUCUCCCAACAUUACUUUAUCGGAUUAAUUGUUUAUUACUGGCAGACGAACUGCGCGUAACAAUAAUGCGUGAAGCUUUAGUAGGUGAAAAAUAUACCACUUCUGAUGAUCUGUGUUGGCCUCCUUUGGAUUAUCCAACUUCUAUGGAUGCUAAAGAGACGAGAUCAAUUUAUAAAAUAUGUGAUUUGAAAAAAAACCAUAUUAAAAAAAAUGGUGAGGAAAGCGAGAAAAUCGAUACAUUCAAUGACUGCAGUGAGAUGGCAAAUUUUGAAAUUGGAGUUUGGGAUCCUGAACUUGCGAAAGGACUAGAUGACUUUUAUUCAGGAAAAGAAGAUGGGAAGGAAUUAAAGGGAUCCGACGAUGACGGCGAUACCAUGGGUUUAAUAAUAAAUGACUCUCUACUGAGUCAGCAUGGUGAUAUGUCUGACGAUGAUGAUGAAAACGCAGUUGUACUGUUCGAUUUUAUUAACAGUGUUCACGAACGCUUUGGAAAAGGAAGUAAAGAUAUGUUUGCCCCGCGAGAAAAUAUCAGAUCAUCUGGAUGGGAUGAUCUGAUUGUUUUAGAAGAGCCUCCACCAAAUGGAACUAAUAUCCCUCUGUCUGUAAAUAGCGGAGAUUCGCAGAUCGAUAGCCGAGGUUUAAUGGCAGACUUAUCACGAAUGAGUUGGCAUAUGAACAUGCCGCUUCUAGUGCCUCAGGAGUCAGAAACCACUACAGAUCACAUUGGUGCAACCUUUACAAGUAAGACUGCAAAAAGUGAUGGGAAAGAACAAUCUUCGAUUACGAAAAAGCCCAUACAACUUUAUCUCGAUUCAUUAGAAAAAUUAGAGGAUUCAGAUCGCAUGUCGUCGAAAUCAAGUCGUCAAGAAGAAUGUGUAGACUUAAUUGAUUUUUGUGACGAUGUGGAUGAAAUUUUGUCGAGUAAUAUUGAAGAAAAAAUGGUAAAGUCACCAAGCGAUUUAGAAUUAUUUGGGGGCAUGUCACGUGUGGAUGAUACAAAGCUGUUUGCUGAGUCAGUGAUAGAGUCAACUUUCUCCGACAAAAGGCGCGGAAUAGCUGUCCCAGUUUUGGAUUGGAUGACAUUCUCAUUCGAGGAAGACACGCUCAGUCAACAUCCAGAUGGUGUUUCUCCAUGCUUUCUUCUACAUGCAUUAACGCUCUCAAAUGCAUCUGAUGGCAUAAAUCUUGAACGGCUUGAAACUGUUGGUGAUUCGUAUCUAAAGUAUGCCGUGACAGAUUAUUUUUUUCAUUCAAAUCCUGAUGACCAUGAAGGAAAACUUAGUUUUGCAAGGAGUAAAGAGGUGUCAAACUGCAAUUUGUAUCGACUAGGUAGAAAGCAUAAUCUUCCUUCUCUGAUAGUUGGUUCAAAGUUUGACCCCAAUGAUGGUUAUGCGCCAGUGUCCAAUUUCAAAGCACCAAAUAAUUGCGAUGCAGAAAAAAAUGAUAAUUUUUUUGAGAAUGUUCUUGAAGGGAAGUCAGUCGAACAGCUUGAGCCGAUAAAGAAACCAACUGGUUGGGAUGAAGCUGAUUCAGGUAUUCAAGUUCGUCGAGUUUCUGACGGUGUUGAGAUCAUCGAAUUUCCAAAAAAUGCGACAGCAAGUUGGGAUUGUGAAGAUGUCACUCCACUUCCAUAUAACUUAUUAACACAACAAAGUUUGGCUGACAAGUCUAUUGCUGAUGUGGUGGAAGCUCUUAUUGGUGUGCAUUUACUUGAACUCGGUUCUAAAGCAGCAUUGAAAUUCAUGAAGUGGCUGGGAUUGAAGGUAAUUACAGAACCAUUGAAAAUGGAAUCACCCUUAUUGCGACAUAUUGAUUCCAUCGAAAAGCCAUCAGAAUCGUUAAAGCAGCUAAAUGAUUUAUGGAUAAAAUUUCAAUUAUCUAAAUUAGAAGAUUCUAUUGGUUAUUAUUUUACCGAUCGAGCAUAUCUUGUGCAAGCAUUCGCACAUGCUUCAUAUUUCAAAAACCGAAUCACUAAUUGUUAUCAGCGUUUGGAAUUCCUUGGUGAUGCAGUGUUGGAUUAUAUAAUUACUAGGUUCCUUUAUCAACAUUCAUCACACUACAGUCCAGGUGUUCUAACAGACCUUCGUUCUGCACUUGUUAAUAAUACUAUUUUUGCAUCAUUAGCUGUAAAAUAUAGUUUCCAUAAGCAUUUCAUUGCAAUGUGUCCUGGAUUGUAUAAUAUGAUUGAAAAAUUUGUUCGUCUCUGCGCAGAGAAAAAUCUUUGUGGAGCUAACUUCAAUGAAGAGAUGUAUAUGGUGACAACUGAAGAAGAAAUUGAUGAAGGGGAAGAGGAAGAUAUUGAAGUCCCAAAAGCGUUGGGAGAUAUAUUUGAAUCUGUUGCUGGAGCGAUAUAUUUGGAUAGUGGACGAAGCCUAAAUGUUGUAUGGAGAGUUUUUUACAUUUUAAUGAAAGAAACCAUCGAAGAAUGUUGUAAUAAUCCUCCAAAAUCACCUAUUCGUGAAUUACUUGAGAUGGAACCAGAUCGAGCUCGUUUUUCGAAACUAGAAAGAAUUUUGGAAACGGGAAAAGUUCGUGUAACAGUCGAUAUUCAAGGCGUAUGUCGUUUUACUGGAAUGGGUAGAAGUUAUCGAAUUGCCAAAUGUACCGCAGCAAAACGAGCCCUGCGUUAUUUACGAAGUUUAAAAGAAGAGCGAGAUGCUGCAAAACAUUGA